CAUGGGCGCUUCCUGUGACCACGUGACUUGGGGGGCUUCGGGUGAUUUCAGUUAAGGCGAAUAGUUACACACUUCAUGAUCUGAAGUUCUACUCGCAGCUCACGGGCCAUUAGCAGCACGUUAUAUCGUUUCAGGAAUGUUUUUGUUUUGUCGUUUAUGUAUGUUCUUUAAAAUAAACCAAAAACAAAAAUACUAAACUUUAAAUUUGGGCAAACUUUUGUUUGAUGAGUUUUGGUUGAUGAUUACUGCUUAAAAUAAGUUUUAUUUUUAAAUGAAUUGCAUAUAUUUGAUUUAUUACCGAUUCACAAUCUUUACAAUGGAAGACAUGGGGGGCGAAUAGCGGACAUGGAGCAGUUUAUUCUGUGUCCAUGGCAAAUGAAAGGAAUUUGUUGUCAGAGCAGCAUCAUUUUGGAGAUGCAGACAAAGCAGGAUGCUACCAUACGCGAGCCAUCAUCAUUGGGGACCCGAGCAAUGACUGUCUAAAACCCUGAAGAUAAUUUUGAACCUUCCAGUUCCUGUGCAUGGGCGGCACCAGGUCAUCUGUCACUGGGGACUGUGGAUGUGUGACUUUGAGGGGAGCUGUCUGCGGACGUGACUGAGGCAUGCUCUGCCCUGUGUUGGGGAUUGGUAAAGAUCACUCACCGGUGCGGUGCAGACAUGCUGUUAUGAAGCAUGACAUGACAUGCCAAGAGAACCUGUUCUCCAGAUUUCACACACUUAAUGCUGUUAAUGAAGCCAGGAUCUGCAAGGCGAGACACAAUGAACUCUCAGCCUCAUUGAACAGGCAGCCGUGGAUCCUUGCGCCAUUGGCAGAACUGACAGAGAAGCCGUCCCUGGAAACAAUCUCAAUAAUCGCGUCCAAGAAUGAGGAUCAAAUACACAAUUUCCUUCAUCUUCAUUGUGGCGAUAGUCAUCAUCGAAAAGGAAAACAACAUCAUCUCAAAGGUCUCCGAUAAGCUCACGCCCAGGCAGACGCCGCAGACGCCGCUGCAGUACAAUGUCUCCGCCCACCUCCUUGCCAAACGCAACGGGUCCUACCCGACCCUCAGCAAGCUGGACCUGGCCUUCCCGCACCUGAAGAGGCGCCUGGAGAACUUCACCGAGCAGGCGGAGGGCGGCGGCGGCAGCGGCGGCGGCGGCAAGAAGCACAUCCUCCUGAUGGCCACCACCAGGACCGGCUCCUCCUUCGUGGGCGAGUUCUUCAACCAGCAGGGGGCCAACAUGUUCUACCUGUUCGAGCCGCUCUGGCACGUGGAGAAGAUGCUCACGCUGGAGACGGGCGGCACCAACGCCACGGCCUCGGCCAGGGCCUACCGCGGCGUGCUCCAGCAGCUGUUCCUGUGCGACUUUAGCCUGAUGGAGACCUUCAUCAACCCCCUCCCGGUGGACCACGUCACCACCGCCCUCUUCCGCCGGGAGUCCAGCAGCUCGCUCUGCGAGGAGCCCGUCUGCACGCCCUUCGUCAAGAAGGUCUUCGAGCGCUACCACUGCAAGGUCAGGCGCUGCGGGCCGCUGAACCUCACCCUGGCCUCCGAGUCCUGCCGGCAGAAGGAGCACCGGGCCAUCAAGACGGUGCGGGUGCGGCAGCUGGAGACCCUGCGGCCGCUGGCCGAGGACCCCCGCCUGGACGUGCGCUUCAUCCAGCUGGUGCGGGACCCGCGGGCCGUCCUGGCGUCCCGCAUGGUGGCCUUCUCCGCCAAGUACAAGAACUGGAAGAAGUGGGCGGUGGACGGGGAGGUGCCCAUCGACGACGACGAGGUGAAGAAGCUGAAGGGGAACUGCGACAACAUCCGGGUGUCGGCGGAGGCGGGCCUGAGGCAGCCGCCCUGGCUGCGGGGGCGCUACAUGCUAGUGCGCUACGAGGACAUCGCCCGCUUCCCCAUGCAGAAAGCGGCCCAGAUGUACUCCUUCACCGGGAUCCCUUUCACCCCUCAGGUGAAAGAGUGGAUCCUUAAGAACACCCAGGCUUCCAAGGAGGCCAGCGGCGUGUACUCCACGCAGAAAAACUCCUCAGAGCAGGUGGAGAAGUGGAGGUUCAGCAUACCCUUCAAACUGGCCCAAGUGGUUCAGAAGGUCUGCGGGCCGACAAUGAGGCUGUUUGGCUACAAGUUUGUUUACGACGAAGCGACGCUGACUGACAAGACUAUCAGUUUGCUUGAAGAAAAGAUGUUUAACUUCCAUUAACUUUUGUGUUCGUUUUGACAAGAUAAGAACUGGAGAAACCAAAAUAUGUAGCGUCGAGGGAAUGUGUUGUAAAUAUUUAUUGAGUUCAGUGGAGAAGGCAAAGCCGUAGGAGGACUGUGGGUACAGCCGCAGUACGAACCUUCAUCAGGGCCGGAAACUCCAGGGUCUGUGCUUUACACUUGAAUCACUUGAAGACUCAACAUUCAUUAAAGGGGAGGCGACUCCAAAGAGCAACUGACAGCAGAGCCGACCUGAUUUAGCUUGUGAAUUAUUUUACAUCAAAGCUGAGUUAUGCUGCCAUCAAGCUUUUUAUUAUGAAAGUUGAAGGUAAAAGAGUUUUAUUGAGAUUGAUGGUGUCCUUCAUCUGCAGUACAAAACACACUGAGCAUAUUAAUAAUGGAUGGCAAUAAUUGUGGUUUUGAUGAAAGCUUGAUGUGGUUUUAGUGCUUUUCUCCUGCAGUUUCUCACUCAUCUACCUGCAGUAGGGAGCCCCCUUCUUUGAUGAUGUGAAUAGGAAACCUGAACAACAUAAGAGAGUGUUGGCCUUUUUUUUGGGGGGGGGGGGGGGGGUGACUAAAAGUCAAAUUUCAAUAUCUUGACAUCCUUAGGACAGAAAUAUAAAUCUAUAUAUAUAUAUAUAUAUAUAUAUAUAAUCACAUCACUGUUUUGUCAGAAUCAGAAAUUAUGUUUGCCUCAGGGUUUUGAUGUAAGGCUUUCGAGAUUUGAGACUGCUGACCUGCUGUUGCCAAUUCAUUUUCUGUACUGAUCACAGCUCUUAUGUUUCACAGAUUUUCAGAUGUACUCGGGUCAGUGUCAGUUUUCUCAAGUCCAACCCUGUGCCACAACGCAGGUUUGGCCAUUACAUCAUCACCAUUCGGCAAGCUAACUGCUCAACAUUUAUAAUUUAUUGAAGCACAUUUUUCAAGUGACUCACGGGGUAUUUCAUUACAUGUGUGCGGUUAAACAUGCCUGGUUAGAAUUUAAUACUGUUAGAGAUUCAGCACAUUUGAUAUGGACACUGUCGACAGUUUCUGAGACCGGAUUAAUUACAGCUGAUUAGCACACCUGAAAUGCAUUCGUACAGUCUCUUCAAAUGCCAGUCUUUAUUUUGACUUUUCCAAUGUUGUUUGUCAUACACUUUCAAUUAUUUUAAUAUUUUAUUUUAAGUGUGCACUCAUUCAUACCAGUUUAUCGAGUUUGUCACCCACCUCUAAUUGGGCCCUAAUUACAUUUGUAUUUUUAUGCCAAGAUAAUUAAUGAACAAAUUAGUGAUGCUGCUUAAAUUCCCAAGAUAAGACCUGAAAUUAAAACACGUGCCCAAGAAAAUUAAUACUUUGGAGAUUUGAUCAGUGUCUACAUACAAUAUUUAAAAGUAUAUAUUUCUUAAAGAAACAGAGACCUCAAUGAUAGCUACUGUAAAUUCAGCCUUUCUAUGGAAAGUCUUGUGGGUACAUGGCAGUUUAUUUUUGAUAACUUAUUUAAGGCCUUUUUGGAAUGUGAUGCAUAUGAACAGAGAGAAGGGGAGCAAUGGCACUGGUGAACAGAAAAAAAACUGGUUUCCAGCCAAAGUUUUAUCUCACGGCUCUGACACUGUCGAGAGAUUCUUUAGCUGUACAUUAGAAGUCAUUCAGCUAUACGUUAGUGGACUUGAGUGAGCCUGUGUGUGUGUGUGUGUGCGCGCGUGUGUCUAUGUGUUCAAUAGAGUUAACAGUAGUGCUGAAGUGUUGAGUUCUGGGAGGAAUCUCUGUAAAACAGAUGUUUACAGUCUUACUGUAUGUACAGUAGACUUCCUGUCUGCAGCUGGUUUGCAGCGUUUGUUUAUCUGUGUUUGUUUUUCAGCUCACAGAAUCUCUUGACUGGUGUCAACCGACCAAACAACUGGGUUUAUCUCCUCAAGUUGUAUUUAUGAUUUUUUAGUUUUAAGACUCUAUAGUUUUUGAUAGAGGUGACCAUAGUGAACUGCUUGGAAAUGUAUUGUACAAGUAAACUAACUAUGGACAUCUUUUGUUUGUUUAAUGUUUCUAUGUCAUUUUAAAAAUAAAUUUACCAAGUUAUUUUAUCAAAUAAAACAGGCAGUUUUUUUGUUCACAGGGUAAGCUUGCUGUUGAUUUCCCCCCAUUAUGGAUUUGUGUUAGGAAAAAAAAGCUGUUCUCAUGGUUUACUUGAGGAAAAAUCCAGGUGGACUUUCUGGAAAAAGGUUGUUCCUGUGUGCUGAGCUUAUUCAUUUGGGUGUCAGAGGUCAGAGAGUGAUGGCCAAUAAGGUCAUGGAAUUUUCUAGAAAAAAGUAGGAUUCCAGCACACCAGUGGAAAUAAUGCUGACUUAAGCUAUUGUUACAAGACUGUCAUCCAAUAAAUGCUGUCUUUUAAUCGUAAA